AUGCCGCGGACUGAUAGCCAAUUGGCGAAGCUAAGUGCCUGCACGCCUUCCCGUUACCGGCGGAGGCAUGUAGGCUUGGCUACUGGUACUCGUUGGGCAUUCGACAGGGCCUCUCCAGAGGCUGUCCGAGCGGAUGAAACACUCCGACUGAACACAGUUAACGCUUAUCUGGUCUCCAGAUACAGCUUCAAAUACACUAAGGGCGUUCAAGCCUUGCUUUUACGAUGUGGUGACAUCCACAAGAACCCGGGACUCCUCAGUGUAACACAAUGCCAAUGGAAUAAAAUUGACAGCUUAUAG